UGAUCAGUACUGUUCUGUAUUCAUCAUCAUCAUUACUCCCAGUUACAUCAGUUUGAAGAGUCAGUCUGUGUAGAAGUGUGGCCAGGUUUUUAGUGUUAUUGGACCUGCCAGCUCUGUGUGCACCCCAAUCGAACCUCUUCCUGCCAGUAAAGGCAGAAACAGUCAAGAUUUCUUCAAAGUGCUCUGAUUGGCUGAGAAUCAGGUUCAUACAAAAGGUCAAUAUCUGCCAAAUCUUCUGCUCAUCAUCCCCACACCACUUCGCCCUCUGUCUUUCAAGAAAGGGCUUUCUUUUUCGAUUUAGGAACUACUUCUAACAUUCACAUAUCACCAUGAGUUCUUUAGAAGAAAGACGUGCAGCUCGUGCGGCCCGUAGGCGCAGACAAGACGAUAAUGAUGAUAUGAAAACAAGCAUUUUGUCUGCUGAUCUCGAGGAAAGACUUACACAGCGUCGCCGAGACCGCGAGGAACGACUCAAACUAAUAGCGGCGGGGGUUAGCACAAUAAACGGGGAGGAUGAAUUUGAACGACGAAGACGGGAGCGCCGAGAACAAAGGCUGAGAGGUGGAGAGGAAGAACAAGAGGAGACCACAUCCCGUCGCAGUCGUCGUCGGCAACAAGCAGAGGAAGAGGAGGACAGCACAUCCAGCUAUCGCUCACGGAGGCGAAGGGGUGGAGAUGAUGAGGACAGCUACAGUGCCCCAGCUGAGCCUGCAUACGACGAAGAGGCCGAAAACCGCCGUCGUCAGCAACAGGAAGAGGAAGAGGCAGCGGCCAGAGCUGCUCAAGAGGAAUACGAAAGACAGCAAGAAGAGUCACGCCGCCAGCGUCAGGAGGAAGAGAGGCAGAGGCGCGAAGAGGAAGAAAGAAGACAAAGGAAAAAAGAAAGAAUUGAGGAGCAGGAACCUCAGCGUUAUCAGAAAGCUCUACAGGAACGGAAAAAGCUGGAAACGCGCCCUGCAUCGGAUACAAACGGUGAUACAGAGGACAAAGGUUUCAAGGUCAAUGACAGAUGGUCAAAAAACUCAUUCAGCACCAGUAUAGAAGUACGACGGAUAUCCGAGGAGGGAAAGGCCGGAAAACUCAAAUCUUUCUUUGAAACUAAAGAUGACACACCACUUCAAAUGAAUGGCCAUACCCCUCAGCCUGUAAAACGUCAGAGUUCAAUCAAAAGUCCACCAGUAGAAGCCAUCGAGGACAAUCCUUUGAAUCUUGUUCAGGAACAGUUGGUUAAGUUCGAAACUAGCAUGCACCUGCAUCACACCCCAAAGGUUGAACUAAAAAAACACAGAGAAAUUGAAAUAAAAAUUAUAGCACAAGGAGCGGACAGAUUGAAGGAUAUACAAAAAAAAUUUCAAGGCGAGAACACUAUGGUUAACGGAAACUCACCGAGACUUGGAAAGUUUAGUUCCAGUGAGCAACACAUCAAUGAAAAAACAGAAUCUUGGAGAGAUAAUCCAACUGUGCUUAAUCGCUGGAACCAUCAGCAAACCGAACGGCCUAAAAGAACUUACCGUUCCACUUCAUCAAUUUCAUUAAAUACGGAAAAUAAUGCCAGUGAACAAGUCAGAAGAAAAAGCGAGAAAAUAUCUCUGCUAACUGCUAAAUUUAACAGUGUCAAUAGCUCUAAAGGGGAGGUAACUUCUCCUUUGUCACCAAGAGAAGGAUCAUCACUGCGACGAAAGUGGUCUUUGUCAUCGGACACCUCGUCUGAUACAACAGACAGCGUUGUCACAAGAUGGCGGGCAAGGAAUUCAAUUUCUAAACUUACAGAUAGGUGGCAGCAUGAUCAAGCCGACUCUCCCAACUCUAGCUUCUCAAGGUCGCGACCUCUGUCUUCUUUAUCACCCGAACAGAACAAAGAAAAUAGACUACCGACUGUUCGAAGGUCAAACAGUUUAAAUUUGGACAGAAGUUAUACAGGUCGAUUGGAAGAGGAAGAGCGGUUGAGACUUGAACGCGAAGAACAGGAGAGAGAAGAGGCUCAAGCUAUGAUUGAUGAAGAAGCAAGAAUUGAGCAAGAAAAGCUUGAUGCAGAAAGGAUUAAAAGGGAAAAACUUGAACAGGCGGAGAGAGAUCGCGAGGAAGAAGAGCGUCAAAAGCUCAUUGAGACGAAACUCAUCAUGCAAAAGGCAGCAGAGGACUUGAAAAACGAGGCCAAAGCCAAGGCAGAGGCUAAGGAGAAGUAUAUCAAUGACCUCGUACCCAAAUUUAGCACUGAUGGAAAGGAUGUAGCCGCUCUCCAAGCUCUUUGUAAAGAUUUUCACAAGAGGCUUGCAUCUCUCGAAGAGGAUGUUUACGACUGGGAGGCUAAGAUUCGCAAACAAGAUUUCGAGAUCAAUGAGUUGACGCUUAAAGUGAAUGACACAAAGGGUAAAUUCGUUAAGCCUGUAUUGCGAAAAGUUAACAAAACAGAAAGCAAACUGGACAAAAUUCAAAGAAAAGAAGCCAAAAAAUCAGAUUUCCGUGAUAACCUGAAGUCCUCAAGCAAGCAUGCAGUAGACGAAGAAGGGGGAGAAGAAGGUGAAGCUGAAGAGGACGUUGAAGCUAAAGAAGAAGUGAGUGCAGAAUAAAAAAUACUUUAAGUACAAGAACGAAUAGUUAUUGAGACUGACUCUGCUGAGCUCUACCUUAAGGAUGAAAAGCACGAGAAUAUGAAGAAAUCUGACGAUGACGAAAAGGAAGAAAAUCCUGAUGCUGCUGUCGCUGAGGUCGAAAGUUGAAUCAUUCGCCUCUGACCUAUCCCAUCCACCUUACAACUUCCGGUGUGAUUUCAUGGAAGAGUUUGUUUCAUAUGGGGUUUAAAGAUUUUUUAGAACAUUGCUAAUAUUCUCAGAAAAUAUGUUAAUGCAUGUAAUCAAUUAUUUUGAGACAAUUUGCCCCCAAAAUACUUCUGAAUCGUUUGUGUUGAAAACCCCCGGAAUUUCUGAGUCGCUAUCAGAACAUGGCGUUCAGAGCAGACAUUUUUUGUAGUGUUUUGUAGGGGUAGUUCUGUGGUUGUGUAAAAGAAAUAAAGAUAUUGCUUUGGACUUAAUGACCAGAAUCGAUAUUGCCAUCCGUGAUGACACUGUAUUGUGCUUGUGUACAUAGGUAACUAUCGAUAUAUCAGCAGCAUAUGUGUAUGUACAAUUUUCUAUAUCAGUCUUGUUACAAACGUAAGCAAUAUAAACCCGCUAGUCACUAAUGUUACACUGGUUCCUUGGUUACGGUUGUCAUUGGAAACAAGGGGGAUAACUUUAUCACAUCCAUCAUAUGCUCAGGUAUAUGGCCCUAGAUUCCUGUUGUGCAUGUGUGUUGUACAGUUAUAUAAUAGUGGUGUGCCUUUCGACUUUCUGUAUGUGUUGACUGGACAAUGACACUUGCGAUGGGUGUUACAAAGUGCAAUGAUGUUUGCAACGUUUAUAAAUAGUUAUAUUCAAUGUACAGCGGUAUCCUCCUCAGAUCCUUGACAGCAAUCUCAGCAGUUGACCAAUCAAAACUCCUAUAAACAUUAGAUGCAGCAUGACAUAAGUAACCAUGGAAACCAUUGUAUGAUUAUUACGUAUAGUAUAUUUAUCCAUUAUGGGGUACUUGAUAUGUAACAUAGUAUCAUACGAUAUUCUCACUAGUCAAACCCCGUAUACAACCAGUAUAUCACUGAUGUGUUGGUCAGUUGUGCUACUUAAAGAACCGGGGGCUAGCAACAGCCCCUUUUAGUAUUUCCGCUCACCAUAUAGUUUAUAAGAUUAUCAUAUUGGGGAGUACAUGUAUAUACCCGAGUGUGGACAUGCUGGUUAGUGUGAAUCGUUGAGAUUUGAUCGAGAGCGUACCAUAAUCGGUCAAAUGUCAACUUUCCUUUUGAGUAUAUUUUUGAAUUAACUUUGGUAUUUAUUAUACUGGUUAAAUAUAAUAUUAUUAUUUGUAUCCCUGUUAUAUGUAUAGAUAUUAAACAGAUCGUAUAUUGGAGCAAGUCUGAAGUAUCAUAUGUGUCCGUCUUGGAGCCAUUUAGUUUAUUUCAAAUCUAAUGGAAAGUUACUCUACAAAAAGUGUAAAACUUUUGACUGCCACUUGUUUAUCCGUUUGACCAUUUGAAUUGUUGCCCUACACAGCAGUGUUGCCGUCAGAUUGUAAGAACGAGUGUAGAAAUUUGUAUUAGGUGUGCUCAUCAGAGUUCACGUUCGAUCUUUUUUAUAUAUAAAAUGGACAAGGGGAGAUAACUUGGUAUAAUAUGUACAGUUGUAUAAAUAUCACCUGAGUUUUCCCAUUGUAAGUCUAUCCUGAUAAAGCCGACACACAUGGUAGCAAGUUUCUGCUUGUAGUAGUACUAUAAGUCGUACCACAGACAGUCAUAAGUAAUAAAACUCAUUCCUUGCCAG